UGACAUCUUGUGUGGCGAACAAGAGUACCAGGCACAAGGUUCAGAAGUCAGCUAGCGAGGUCAAACACAGCUAGUUCAUUUCCUGCAACAGCGCUGGUGCAUUUUCCUCAAUUUGUCAAGGGGAAACAGGACUCUUCCAACGAAUCGAGCGCCCUGUAUCCAGUCUUAACAGUGCUGUAGGGAAUUCCUCGUCUUCUUAUCAUUCUGUUUGAAAUUUACGGCGACUAAAAGAAAGAUGGCGGACACCGGUGGUGACAACGGCCCUGGGAAAAAGGCUGCGGAUAAAAUGUUCAGUUUGAAGAAAUGGAACGCAGUGGCGAUGUGGAGCUGGGACGUGGAGUGCGAUACGUGUGCCAUCUGUAGGGUCCAAGUCAUGGAUGCCUGUCUUCGAUGCCAAGCAGAAAAUAAACAAGAGGACUGUGUUGUGGUGUGGGGAGAGUGUAACCACUCCUUUCACAACUGCUGCAUGUCCCUGUGGGUGAAACAGAACAACAGAUGCCCCCUCUGUCAGCAGGAGUGGGUAGUGCAGAGGAUCGGGAAGUAGGAGCCGCAAACUUGUCCAUCUACAGACCAGGAUUUUCUCAGCAAACCUCACGUACAUUUUUUUGUCGUAAAAACAUCAUGUCUGUCUGUAAAAAUGAAGGAAUAGCCAAAAUUUUGGCCCGUUAAGAUAUAGGUUUAGAUUAUGGACACUGACCCCAGAAAAACAAA